AUGUCGGACGUGCUUUACAGAGCCACCAAAUACAUGAACGCGGAAGAUGCAUUGCUGGCCCGCAAGGAGAAGCCCAAAAAGAGGGAAAGGCAGGAGGACACACUACAGGAUAGGGAGCGAAAGAUGGCUAGAACCGGAGAUCGACGAGAUGAAAAGCGCUUUAGACCCCCCACUGGGAAGUUCACGAGCUUCACCCCAUUAACCGCCCCGAUAGAUCAAGUCUUAAUGCAAAUCAAAGACAAAGGAGCCCUGACGUUCCCUGGUAAGCUAAAGGGAGAUCCCAGCAAGAGGCCAAGUGACAAACAAGGGAAGCUACAAAGGUUCGUCAACAAAGAAAGAACCAAUCCGCCCCAGGAGCAGGCCCCACGACGGGAGAAUGAGCACUUUAGACCAGCUAUAAGGGACAUAAGAAUGAUCGUAAGGGGCACAACCAUUGCCGGAUCUUCCAAAAAAGCCCGCAAAACCUACCUCAGAAUGGUCCAUAGCGUCCAACUUACAGGAUCUGUACCUAAAAUGCCACGAAUAGACAACCCCAUCAUCGGAUUUUCAGAAGAUGAUGCUCGGAGACUUCACCAUCUGCAUGAUGACGCACUUGUGGUCAGCUUGCAAAUAGGAGAUUAUAACAUGCAUCGGGUCCUUGUCGACAACGAUAGCUCAACGGACAUACUAUACUACCUGGCAUUCCAGCAAAUGAGAAUUGACAGGAAACGGUUAACCCCAACAAAUGCCCCUCUCGUGGGAUUUGGAGGAACAAAGGUGUUCCCCUUGGGCGCAAUCACACUAUAUGUGACGGCAGGUGACUAUCCUCAACAGAUGACUAGGGAGGUAACGUUUCUCGUAGUCGACUGCUCGUCCGCCUACAAUGCCAUUCUCGGAUGGCCCACUCUCAAUUUCUGGAAGGUGGUAACUUCAACAUACCACUUGAUGAUUAAAUUCCCGACGGAGUACGGGGUAGGAGAACUGCGAGGAAAUCAAGUAUCAGCAUGGGAAUGCUAUAUUGCCAUGUUAAAGAUGGAGGAUUAA